UUCGUGCGGGGCGGAAUGGCCUUUCGAGGAAUCAACCGUUAUCCCUCAAAGACAAGAUGGAGGGCAUCUACACAAAAUGAACCAUGGGGUUUGCCCACUCCAAGAGGAAAUCCUGCUUCGAACCCAUCAAGAAAUCCUGUCGAUUCAUUGAAGUUUGGUAAAAUGAGGCUAUCUCCUGAUACCGAAGGCGUGUACAAUAACAGCCGGUUUAUUUAUGUUGGAGUUUGUUUACUAGGUAAUCCUGUUAGUAUCCAAGUGAAGAAUGGAAAUGUGUAUGAAGGUGUUCUACUCACCUUUUCGCAUAAGAUGGACAUUGUGUUGUCAAUGGCACAUAAAGUUGAUGAUCGGUUGGCUCCUAACUGUAAUUCCGUUAUUCCAAAUAAGGAAAACAUCAUCGAUAAUCUUAUAAUAAAGUCUUCAGAAAUUGUCAAAUUAGAAGCCAAAAAUGUAGAUUUGGAGUAUGCAGUAAAAGAUAAUUAUUCUGAAUCUUCUUCCCGAUUUAAUGGCCAGUUAGGUGAUAAAGACUUGACCCCAUGGGAAGGGGACUUAGAAGACGGGAAAAUGACCAGUCUCGAUAGUGAUGCAUCUAAUGGUUGGGAUCCUUCCGACAUGUUCAGAACUAAUUAUGAGCAAUUCAAUGUGAUAUCUACAUAUGAUGAAAACUUAUCACAAUACACGACUCCAUUAGAAAGACGUGAUACUAAGGAAUAUAAAGAGCGAGAAGAAGCUGCUGCAAAACUGGCUGAUGAAAUUGAGAGAAGUGACAGUUACAAACACAGGAUAUCGUUAGAGAAUGGCGAAGGGGAAGACGAGGAGAAAUUUGCAGCCGUCGUCAAACCAGAGCAACAACAACAACAACAGCAGCAGCAGCAACAACAAAGCAGUAACGCCCCUGGAAGAAAUGCAGUCCCCCUGCGCAAAGUCCCCAGUCGAGGCGGAAUGGUAGGCACCGGUAGUACUGGUGUCCGUGGGAGCAGCCUGUCUCCGAACAACAUGAGCACUAGUCAAGCACUGAGCAACAGUAGUAGUAGUAGUAUUAGCAGCAGCAACAGUAACAGCAUUAGCAGCAGCAGUAGUAUCAGCAGCAGCAGCAGCGUUAGCAGCAGUAACAACACAACCAACAACAUCACUACUACUACUACUACUGCAACUAGCAGCAACAACAGCAACCGGGAGGCUCUGUGCAAUCCAAGCCAGAGUGGUGUCGGUGGUGGUGGUGGUGGUGGUGGCGGCGUUGGUGGAGGAAGUGGUGGAGGUGGUAGUGGCGGCAGUAGCAGCAGCGGAGGCAGUGUCGUCGGAGGAGGGGGUGUGAGCAGCAACAGCAACAGUGCCGCUACGAACAGCAGCAGCAGUGGUGGUAGUAGUAGCAGCAGCAUGGCCGCGUCGUCCGUGACCGCACCGACCACCAUGACCCACCAUCAUCAGCAACAGCAGACGCCGUCACAGCAGCAGCCGCCGGCCACGGCCACCGUCGCCGAUCCGAGCCCGCAGACGUCUAAUGUUGCCCAGCAGAUAACCUCAAUGUUGCCACUGCAACUUCAACAGAAUCACAGUAAUUACAACCCUCCUCGAGAAGCGCUGCCCUCACAGCCACAGUCCCUGCCCCUACAAACGCAAAUCGCAAAGAGCCACGACUCCCCUUCCGAUUCAUCAAAUAUGGAACAACUCAAAGUGAAUGGAUCUUCUGAGAAGGAAGACAAAGAAAUCCUCAGCAACCGGUCUCAUAUUGUGCCUGCCGAUAACAGAGAAAUUGUACCUGCUUCUCCUUUAUCAAGCCUCGAUGAAUCAAGAAGGAAUUCAAAUUCAAAAGAUCGAGCUUCCGAAAUAGAAGCCUACAAAACAUUUAGUUCACAUAUUAAGUUAACUGGAAGUUAUAAAGACAAAGAAAAGGGAGAGAAAAGUGAACGUCAGGAGAAAUCAGAGGAGAGGAAAGAUGUGGAGAAGAGCAAAGAAUUUGAGAAAACUGAUAAACUAUCACAGAAAGUCAAAAAUUCUACCUUAAACCCGAAUGCAAAGGAAUUUAAUCCCAAGACCUACCCACAGGUGUGUUUUAAUUUUAAUUUAUUUUUUUCAUUUUUUCAUUCUCUACAACUCCUUUGUACCUGCUAAAAAGACGCUGGCAAA